GGCUCCUAUUUCGCCAACAGUUGGCCAACCCGUGCUAGACUCGUUCGUACAUUAUCGAUUUCGCUGGACUGUCUGUCCGCGUCCGACAGAAACGCGUUCUAACGCGCUUGUUGCGUAGUUUCCAGUGCAUACGCGUGGAAGGGUGUAUGUCCUUCAUCUGCUAGCGGCAUUAGCUACUUCCGGACUGUACAGUGUCAACAGGCGGAACAUUAGGAAGAGGUGUUAACAAAAGCACGCUUUUGAGGAUCGUCACGUGUGCAUGCAUGUGUAAAACGUUCCUGCCCGACAUUCGAGAAAAGGGUCGCGCAAGGCGCCAAUGUGUUACCAGCGAACAGUAAAUAGAUCUGCGCAUGUAGUUUCGCUUAACUUAUGAUGGUUUAACGAAAAAGCCAUUGUAGACCCCACAACCGUAGUGUUUCACCGUGCGCACAGUAGUAGUUGCCGUUAAUUUAGGUUUCCUUCCUUCAUUCUCUCGUUUUUUUUCCCAAGCUUUUGUUUCUGUACGGAAAGGCACGCGUAAGGCUUUUGUUUUAAUUCUUCGCUAAAGUGACCAGUUUUUUAAUGGUGCAAUAGCUCUCGCUAGAGCAUAGGAAGUAAGAACGUGUAAGCUACAACAGAAAGGAAAUAGUUUUAAAAGCUAAAAAAAAGCGCACACACACACACAACAAGACGGUAUCGAGUUCAGUUUUGCAACAAUGGCAGGAUUUGCGUCGGUACUCAAGCAGUCGACGCUUGUACACCUUUGCUUUGCUAUUUCGUUUUUCACCUCCGGUUUAAUCAUCAACACCGUACAGUGCAUCCUGUACCUUGGUUUGAAACCAUUCAACAAGCAUCUGUACCGAACGAUCGGAUACUAUCUCUGUUAUUCGUUUUACUCUCAGCUCGUCUUUCUGGCCGAUUGGUGGUCGGACACGAAGCUGAACGUUUACAUCAGUGAUGAAGAUAUGAAGUACUGUGGUAUGGAGCAUGUGCUGCUACUGAUGAACCACACGUACGAGAUCGAUUGGCUGCUCGGUUGGAUGUUCUGUGAAAAAGUGCGCGUACUGGGCAACUGUAAGGCGUACGCGAAGAAAGUCAUCCAGUACAUACCCACCAUUGGCUGGGCAUGGAAGUUUGCCGAGUUUGUAUUUCUCGAACGUUCGUUCGAAAAGGAUCGUGAAAUCAUUGGUCGACAGAUUAACGAAAUUCUCGACUAUCCCGAUCCGGUGUGGUUGCUGCUGAACGCGGAAGGAACACGCUUCACCGAGCAGAAGCACGAAGCGUCGGUAAAGUUUGCCCAGGAGAAGGGUAUGGUACCGCUGAAGCAUCAUCUAAUUCCACGCACAAAAGGUUUUACGGCUAGUUUGCCUUAUCUGCGCGAAAAGUGCCCCUCGGUGUUGGACAUACAGUUGGGUAUUAGCAAGGAUUCGAAGGUAAAACCAACCAUUUUCAACAUUUUGAACGGUAAACCAAUCGAGGCGCAUAUGUGCGUAAGACGUUUUCCCACCGCAACGCUGCCCCAGAGUGAAGAGGAUGCUGCAGUUUGGUUGCAGGAUUUGUACCGUGAGAAGGACCGCAUGCAGGACAGUUUCCACCGUACGGGUAAUUUCUUUACCGAUUCCGGUGUAGCCGAGCGGCCCAAGCUGCAGCUACACCGCCGACCAACGACACUCGUCAAUACCGCCUUCUGGGUUGUGGCCACACUCACACCAAUGAUGUACUAUCUGAUGAAGUUGCUGUUCAGUGGCGAGAUUCUUUACUUUUCAAUCGGAGCUGGAAUUAUCUUUGCCUUCUACAUGCUGAUGGUGAAAGCGAUCGGUAUGUCAAAGAUCAGCAAAGCAUCAUCGUACGGUGCGGAAAAGCUGAAGAAUGGUCACAGUCCCACCCACGAACCAUCGGCCUCAUCGGAGGAAUCAACGAAGGAUAAGUAAACCCCCCCUUCCGGUAUCAGUAGAAUCGAUCGGUAGUGUAAAAUCCGGUAGAUUAUUUAGGCGUUUCGUGCAAGCGGAGAAAGAAGAAAAAAAAAGAUGUUUACAACACCCGCAAACACUAUUUACACCCACCCAUGCUCUGAUAUGUUUUUUUCGUGAUGGUCUGUGCUCGCUCCCUAUUCUUCAGUAGCGCCAAUAAGUCUCUUAUUGAUAUAUUGCCACAGAAGGAAAAGGAAAUCGAUCGGAUCAAAUCGUUUGAAAACAAAAACAAAAAAAGCGGUACGUACGUGUGUGAUGAGCGAAGCAGGGAAAAAGUCUUUUUGUACAUGCAUAGAUGCGAUAUAUAUACACGGAUGGGGUUAUACACCCAAAAGGAUGAACUGCUUGUGCUUGUGAAGGAAGCUCCAAGCGCAUCGAGCGCAGACGCAUUCACAGGCGUUUGGCAGUAAUAGGAAAGGACACCUGUGUAUAGAGUGCCAAACAAAAAAAAACAAAACCCGAAACACGGAAACAGUCAGCAAACUGGGAUUAUUACGAGAAAAAGCAAACAAAUUACGGAAUGGACCAUUUUGAGCCACGAGCAGCUGAUAGGCAGGUGGGAAAAGGAUAUAUAAGCUAUUUUAUAACAGUUUAUUUAUUGGGUCCAAGAUCCAGCAAAACGAAAACAAUGUAGCAACGCAGAACUACCUACCUAAAAAAAAAACAAGAUACGCGACAACACAAAGCAAAACCAGAUGAUUUAAACGAUAAGAUACAUUUUGAGAUGAAUGUUGUUUAGGAACCAAAAACAAAAGAAGGAAGACUCUAGGUGUACGCUAACGAUUGUAUGCUUGCAUACGACACCCACUGCAUUAGAAUGGGAUUCAGUGGUUAAUAAUUUAACAGUAGCACUUGUAUUAAGGGAAUUUGUUUUGAAAAGUCUCCUCUUCUUUAUCCUUAGCUUUGUGUUUGAACUGCUUGAACUAUUUUUCUUUUGUUUACUUUCCUUUUUUUUGCUAACAUAACUUACGUGUUUCUUUUAACGUAGAGGAAUUGUGAAAGUAAGCGAAAGUGUGUUUGAAAUUAACAUAUAUUUAAUUUACAAUACAUAUUAGGAGUUUGUGGCGAUGGUCGAUAGGCUCAAAUACGGUGCAAAAAAAACCAUUUGUAAUGCAUCCAGUCGUGAACUAUUCAUUCAAGUGAAUUAAUAAUUGUUUUUAUUUUAUUCCCUUUUUUUAAAGCCUUAGAACUUUUGUGAAUUUAUUAUAAAAAAAUAAGUAUACAAUGCAGUCUUCUUUAAAACCGGAACACGAUUUGAUAUUAAAUGGUUCCGUUUUUCUUCCGUUCCUUUUUGGGUAUAGUUGCAGGUAUAAUAGUUCAGUUAUUCCUCAGUUACAUGUGCGUUGCUUUUGCGUAAAACGAAAGACUUAAACAGUGAAGGAAGUAACACACACGCACACAUAGAUAUGAGAAAAAGCUAUUAUGUUAUGCAUAACAUGCAUAAAUUGUAAGCAGAAAAACCCUUGCAGGCCAAAUUUACGUGUAAAACGAACCGACACAAAAAGUCGAACGAGUUAUGUUUGCAUCUUAAUUACUUCCAAUAGAAGAAAUGAACGCAACAAGAUAUGGAGAUGAUUAACAGGUGCGCUUCCUUAUCAAUUGCCGUCGUUAUUGUUACAUCUGGCUAACAAAGAAUCGAUGUUGAUUUUCCUCCAUCUCAUCAUGAUACCCGUCUUAUUCGCACAAAGUUACAAAAAAAAGCAAAUGGAGAUCGUGUGUCCUUUUCUAUUUGUUAUACAUACUUCUAGUGUUUUAAGCAAAUAAUGUAAAACAAGCAAAACAAUGUUCCCCUUUUUGAUUUUGUUUUAAUUUGAUUUUGUUUGAUUGUGUCUUCUUCUAACUUCCAACUACUCACAAUUUGUUUACUCGCACAACAUGUAUUUUGAACAAUAAAUACAACCAACUUGAGGCGACCUUGUGGAAAAGAAUAA